GUGUGUGCGUGUGCGUGUGAGUGUGUGUGUAUCAGGCACAGUGUGCCACCCUCAUGUCACCUCACAGUCCUCACUCUUCGGUUUGGUCGAGCUGUUCACUUCAAAUGACACGACGCAAAACUUUUGUUCCUGCUUUGCGCCGCUUCGUGUUGCAGUCUGAGUGAGUCAUUGGUGGAAAAAAGGAAGGAAGAUGUGAGAAUAAAUAUUUCUGUUAAAUGAGUUUGGACAACAUGACAUCAGGCGCUAAUUAAAACGGCCUUCUGGAAUUCCGUUUCCAGUUCCUGCGCUCAUGUUUGCUGGAGGAUUUUUCGAGCACCUGCAGGUUGGUGUGUGAGUGAAAUAUUUUCACUGGACGGAGUUCAAACUUUGAAGGGAAAGAGAGAAAAAAAACGAAGGCAGCAACAUUACGCCAUUCUUGCCUCAAUUGGAAAAAAAAGUGGAAUUUAAAGAAGUUCCUUACAACACAUCCAGCAGAAUCCGGCAACGGAUUGUUUCAUGAAGUUCGCUUUUCCUCUUGGAUUUCCGCGCUUCUGUAACACGGAGGAUCUCUGCAGCGCUAUGGUUCUUACACAUGACGGAUGGGAGAACAAGACUUAGCAGCAUUUGUUCAGCUCUAGUCCACGUCUUUUCCUUUACAGCCUUUCCUAUGUCUACAGCCUAUUCCAGACGGAAGAGGCACUUUUUAUUCAUAUCAGCUCUGACAGACCGCAGAGGAAACUCAGAGGAUGAAGGAGUUUUUACCCACACGGGUCAACUCACUCUGAACAGAUUACCCUUUAUUACAAUGACGGCCUCGCGAAAGGCAAACGGGCUUUAGGAUGAAAGUUGUGACACGUCUUUCUCUUCUGGUGAGCUGCUGGACUCUCAUUUAUCUGAAUCCUGCCCUCUGUUCACUCAGCCGAACCAGACCCACCGAUCACCUCCAGCGGAUUGGAGAGGCAGCUGAGCGCGCGGCAGACGACGGGGAAGGAGAACAAGCCCCGCGGCGGACCGGCGGAGCCAGUGGAGGGGUCGGUUGGUUCACACCAGCCGCGGGCAGGCAGCCGGUGUUCGCUGCAGAGACUUGGAAACCUUCACCGCUGAGUCUGGCGAGGAUUACGCGGAUCCGCGCAGGACCACCGCCAAUAAACGGUGAGACGACUGUUAUUAAGGGCAGACCUACAGCGGCCACUUCUGCGCCCCCGUCUUCUCCACUGCGCAGCGGCGCCCAGCAGGUGACCCGAGCACAUCUGCAGCAGAAAACAGUGAACUCUGGGCGCAAAGAGACUGUGCGCUCCGGGCUACAUGACGCGGAUGCUCAGAGUAAAGCGCCCGCUCCUGCUGUUCUCAGCGCACCUGCAGCAGGGAAAGGAGUCGGCACUGUUGAAGUUGGACGCGGUGGCUCACCGGGGAAACAUUCGGGGAAACCUGUUUUCGUAGCACGUACCAGGCCCCCACAGAGACCCAUCGGUGCGCAGCAGCAGCAGCCGCAGAAGAGCGCGGGUCUGGUGGCGCAGCGGGGAGCCAGCAACAAGGGCCCAAAAGUGAGCGUCCGAGUAGCACAUCACAAACAGCCGCUGGUUAUUCCUCAUGACUACAUGUUGUCGCUGUACUGGUCUCUGUCCAGCGGGGACCUGAACAGCAGCGCUCUGUAUGAAGCGGGUCUUGCCAACACCAUCACCAGCUUCGUGGAUAAAGGACAAGAUGAGCGUGGGCCCCAGCUGAGACGGCAGAGGUAUCACUUCAAUGUUAGCUCUCUAGAACAAGAUGGGCUCCUGGGGGCUGAGCUACGCAUCCUGAGGAAGCGCCUGGCUGACCCUCGUAGAUUCUCAAUGGGAUCCAGAGCCUCUGAUGAACGAGAAGGCGGUGGUGGAGGUGGCUCGUCCCCUUGCCUCAGGCUUUACACCUGCGCAUCAGGUAAACAGCAGGCUGUUCUGCUCCAGUCAAAAACCAUGGAUGAUCUACUAGGUGGAGGCACAUUCAGCAGUAAAUGGGAAGUAUUUGACAUAUGGAAAGUCUUCAAGGCCUUCAGAAACCACCAGAACUGGCACUCUCAACAGCUUUGCUUUGAACUUGAGGCCCUGGAGCACAGAGGCGGACGCCCCACGGACCUGCGUACUUUGGGAUUUGCCAGAGCAGGUAGAACCAACAAGGAAAAGGCCUUCUUCCUGGCAUUUGGAAAAAGCAAGAAAAGCGAUCUUUUCUACAAUGAGAUCAAAGCGCAUUCAGGCCAUGACAACAAAACUGUAUACGAGUACCUGUUCACCCAGCGACGAAUGCGCCGAGCUCCUGCUGCAAGGGGAGCCAAAAAACCACAGCAGCUGGCACCACCACAGUCCCUUCCCCAGCAUCAAGUAGUGAAGAUGCAGAUGAGGCCGCGGUGUCACCGAAGAAGACUCCAUGUGAAUUUCAAGGACAUGGGCUGGGAUGACUGGAUCAUUGCGCCUCUGGAGUAUGAGGCCUUUCACUGCGACGGUGUCUGUGACUUCCCCAUCCGUUCACAUCUGGAGCCAACCAAUCACGCCAUCAUACAGACCUUGAUGAAUUCCAUGGACCCAGAAUCGACCCCACCAACCUGCUGCGUCCCAACAAGACUUAGCCCAAUCAGCAUCCUCUACAUCGACUCAGCCAAUAAUGUUGUCUACAAGCAGUAUGAGGACAUGGUGGUGGAGUCAUGUGGUUGCAGGUAGCAAAGAAAGGUGAGACAAAGAGCAAGACUGACAGAAAAGACAGAAAAACAGCUCAUCAGUGAACAGAUCUGACUUCAGCUGACUGUGACCUAAUUCAUUGCUAUGUAACAGACAUUAGUCUUCACACUCAAGUGGACUAUCCGACUACAUACCAGAGACUGUUCACACUGUUAAAGACUAAACAGAGAAAGAUGAACUCCUGGAGGUUCUUUAACACCCACUCACUAAAACGUGUGUGUUAUGUUGAUGUUGACCAGCGAGAUGCAUCUGAAAGAAGCCAAAAAC